AAGCCCAACUCAACUGUCAAAGUGAACAGCCUCUGACGUCACUUCUGGGAAAGACUGAAGAGAAACAUAAGGCAGUUCUGUAGUGUGGUUUGCGUAAUUGUAUCUUAAUUAACAGAUACAAUAAACAGAAUACAGAAAUGGACGCUGUUCUUUGAAAAACAUAUCGGUUUUAAGAAUGAGGGAGAUGGUAGACGUUCAUAAGUUACCGAUCAUUUGUGUAUCCUGGUACAGUACUGUGAAAACAAGUUUGUUGACGUGAUCUGCUGUUGCUCAGGCCUGUGCGGAGUGGGUUGGAGAGACUUGUUAUUUAACUAACAGACGAACAUUAAGAAAUACAAGGUAGCGGUUUGUUUUUUGUCAGAAGAAAGCUCUGGAUUUUGCUCCUGAAUAACGUCAAAUAUAACUGAAAAGAAAUAUGGAGAAGCCCCCAUUCAGACAGAUUCAGAUAUGUGGAGUCUGGGAAAUGAAGGAUAAACUGGGAACAGGAGGAUUUGGCAACGUCUAUUUAUACCAGCAUUUGGAAACCAAUGAAAAGAUUGCUGUUAAAUCAUGCCGCUUGGAUUUGAAUGCAAAAAACAAAGAGAGAUGGAGUCAUGAAAUCCAGAUUAUGAAAAAGCUAAAUCAUCCAAAUAUUGUAACAGCACGAGACGUACCUGAAGAAAUGAAGAAUAUUGCUUUUAAUGAUCUUCCACUUUUAGCUAUGGAAUACUGCUCCCGGGGUGACCUGAGGAAGCUUUUAAAUAAACCAGAAAACUGCUGUGGGCUGAAAGAAAGUGAAGUGCUUUCCUUACUCAGUGAAGUUGGGUCAGGUAUCCAGUAUUUGCAUGAAAACAGAAUUAUUCACAGAGACCUUAAGCCGGAGAACAUUGUGCUUCAGGAAAUCAAUGGAAAGUUGGUACACAAAAUAAUUGACCUGGGAUAUGCAAAAGACCUGGAUCAAGGAAGCCUGUGUACAUCUUUUGUCGGAACAUUACAGUACUUGGCACCUGAGCUGUUUGAGAAUAAGCCAUAUACCGUAACAGUAGAUUACUGGAGUUUGGGGACAAUGGUAUUUGAAUGCAACUGUGGUUUUCGUCCAUUUUUACACAAUCUUCAACCUGUGCAAUGGAACAAUAAAAUCCGCCACAAAGGCCCAAAGGAUAUCAUGGCUGUUGAAGAGAUGAAUGGUGAAGUCAAGUUUUCCACCCACCUGCCGUACCCUAAUAGACUUAGCAGAACAAUGGUGGAGCCCCUUGAAAACUGGCUACAAAUGAUGCUGAAAUGGGAUCCUGUACAAAGAGGAGGGGGUGUAGACCCUGAUACAAAGCAGGCCAUAUGCUUUUUAUUUUUAGAUCAGAUAUUAAGUAUGAAGGUAGUGCAUAUCUUGAACAUGGCCUCUGCAAAAGUCCACUCUUUCCAACUGUCUCCUGACGAAGGUCUUCACUCGCUUCAGCAACGCAUUGAAGCAGAAACUGACAUAAGACCCCUUAACCAGGAGCUGCUGCUGGAGACGGGAGUAUCCCUUGACCCUAGAAAACCUGCUAGCCAAUGUGUGCUUGAUGGAGUGAGAGGCUGGGACAGCUACAUAGUGUAUUUGUUUGACAAAAGCGUGACUGAGUAUGUAGGACCUUUUGCUGGCAGAAAAUUGCCAGACAAUGUAAAUUUCAUUGUGCGGGAAUCAAAAACGCAGUUGUCUAAUACUGCAUUAAGGAAAGUGUGGGGGGAAGCAGUGAGUUACGUCUGUGGACUCAAAGAAGAUUACAGCAGGCUCUUCCAAGGACAAAGAGCAGCAAUGUUAAGCCUUCUUCGGUACAAUACUAACCUUACAAGAUGUAAGAACGUGAUGUUUGCCCUCUCCCAGCAAUUAAAAGCCAAGCUGGAUUUCUUUAAGAGCAGCAUUCAGUAUGACUUGGAGAAAUACAGUGAUCAGAUGCACUAUGGAAUAUCUUCUGAGAAGAUGUUGAAGACCUGGCAAGAGAAUGAAGAGAAAGCUGCUGCUUAUGCACAGGUUGCAGAAAUCAGCCACUUGGAUGAAGAAAUAAUGUCUCUGCACUCCGAGAUAGUCGAACUGCAAAGAAGUCCGUAUGCAAGGCGCCAAGAAGAUGUUAUGGAGAAGCUAGAAGUGGAAGCAAUUGAAUUAUACAAGCAACUAAAAGCAAAAUGUAAAGCAGAUCCACAGCAUGCUUACAGUGACAGUUCAGAGAUGGUGAAAGUUAUUGUGAAAACAGUCCAGAGUCAAGACCGAGUUCUAAAGGACCUGUAUGCACAUUUAAGUAAGAUUCUGUUGAGCAAGCAAAAGAUCAUUGACUUGUUCCCAAAGAUUGAUAAAGUUCUUGAAAACAUCAAAGAAGCUGAUAGCAGUGUGAUGCAGAUGCAGAUGAAAAGACAAAGAGAAUUUUGGCAUUUGCUAAAAAUUGCUUGUGCUCAGAAUUUAGCUCGACCAUUUAUGACUCCAAGUCCUGAGGCCUCACAAUCAUUACAGCUGUCAGCAUGGACACAGCAAGGACAGCCUAUUGCCACACCUACAAAUGCACCACAUGCACUCACUUCUUUACCAGGAGCUAAUGACAGUGACUCUGUUUCCCGUUUACUGGAGGAGAACCAGAGGUACUUGACCCAGUUAACCAGUGUGAUGCAGGAAACCACUGAUGAACAAUCUAAAAGCAUAAUGGAUCAAGACUGGAGUUGGACAGAGUAAGAAGUUGUCACUGAAAAAUCGACAAACAUCUACAAUCAUCUUUAAAGUUUCUUUUUGGCAUUUUCUACUACAAAACACUAUCAAAGGAUUUUUCCUUUGAAUACAGAAGUGUUCAGCCAUCACUCACUGAAGCCUAUUUUUAUUGUUUCAAUAAUAAUAUCCACACCACUUAAUUGCACUGAAAUAUACAAGUUUGUAAUCCGCAGAGCAGAUCCCAUUUUGUCUUAUUUCUAAUCAAUCCAUCCAGCUGCAUCCAUAAAACUUUAAAACCAAGACAUACAUUUUAACAGCGUAGACAAUAUAUACAGCACCUUACUUCAAUAAGGAUCAUUGAUACGUUGCCUUUGGGAUAAUUUAUUAACCACUAUAAAAGACCAAGACACACAGUUUUGGUCUUUUGUAUAUUGCUGUACAUUUUUAAUUCUGGUUUGUUGGAAGUGUGAAAGAAUUUACCAGUUUUCACUUUUUUUAGUUACAUUUUAAUUUAAAAUAUCAUAAAUAACCAUCCUAUAAUACUGUAUAAUUGUUUUGUGAUCUGUAAAAUACAUUCAUAGCUCAGUCGACUUUAUAAGACUGGAAAUACAAAGAUUUGAAUUGAGUGUUUACUGUGAGCCCAAGAGAGCAUUGUAUAAAAGUAAUCACUUUAUUAAAAAAAAAAAAUCACUUGUCUUUGUUUUCACUUCAGUAAACUUCAAGACUAGAACACACAUCCAUCUUUAAAGUACUAUGUAGGAGGUUCAACCAUUCUAUGUGUAGUCACAAUACAGUUCCUUGGAAUCAGAAAGUAGAAUUAUGUAAAGAACAAAAAGCACUACAACAUGCAUGGAAGUCUUGAUUGUUUUCUCAGUGGUUACAAAUGCACUGUAAUAAUUGUUUAUUGCCUGUAUCUUUUUUAAAUUUGCUGUGUCACAAAAAAACUGCUUGGGGUUUGCACAUUUUUGGAUCUAAGAAGUAUUGAGUGGAGUAUUGGUGUCAACCUACUAGCUUAAUAUUCUUUAUCAACACUUUUUUUCACUUGCUUUUAAUGUUGUAGUAUACAGUACUCCAUAAAGAAGAAUAUGCCAUCCUGAUCUGUGAUUUGAUGUGUACGUUAAAUACUGUAUUGCCACAUUGUAGACUUAUGUACAAUAACUGCCUUUUAAAUAGUUUUGCCAGUGUAAUUAUUUAUGUACAUGUGAAAUAAAAUCUAAAGGCAA